AUGGAGAAGAACCUUGGUGACCAUUCUGGCAGUUUCGUUCGCAAUGAUAAGGAGGAUGCCAAUGUCAAUGACACCGCUCAUUCGUCGAUGGCACCAGAGCCUACAGAUAAAGUCGAUGGCGAAAUUGAAAAAGCCGCAGAUGCAGACCACGUUCAUGGAGCACCAGAAUCAAAAGAAGAGGAAAAAGAAGAAGCAAUUGUCGAGGUUCCACCAGAAUCUCCCCCUCCGAGCCUCGAGAAGGUUUCUGAAGGCAUAGAUCAAUUCCUGAUGACUUUACAACCGAAUGACAACAACAACUACAACCACAAUGUAGAUGCCAAGAAAGUCACAUUGGAGAUGGCUAAUUUCAUCCACACGUUCUUAGAUUUGGUGGAACAGAAGAUCGCAAAGUACGAAACAGGUGAAGCCAAAUGGAGCGAGGCGGCGGAGGAGGAUUCAUCGUUUUUGGAAUUCGUGAAUCGCAUUUCAAAGCUGUUGAAAUUAUUUGCAGAGUCUCAAGCUGAAGAGGAACAAGAAGAAAACAAGGUCAAGGGAAGAAAAGACCUUUUGAUCAACAGCCUUGGCGCCAUUCAGCAACGAGCAAUGUCAUUUUUGGAGGAGGCGUUUCGAUCACUGUUGGAAGAAUCUAGAAACCAAGACAAAUCAGAACCCGACCCAAAAGGGAAACACGUGGCAGAACCGUUGGAGUCUGAGCCAGCCACUGAGACGGUUACAGAUUUCCCCGGUUUCACGGAGGAAACAAUUACAAAUCUGAAGAAGAUAGCAAAGGAAAUGAUAGCAGGUGGGUACAAAUACGAGUGCUGCCAGGUGUAUGCAAUUUCAAGGCGGCACACGUUCGAGGAGAGCUUGCACAAACUGGGCUACGAGAAAAUCAGCGUCGAUGAGAUUCAAAAAAUGCAAUGGGAAACGCUGGAGAGGGAGAUUCCAACGUGGAUAAACAUCUUCAAAGAGUGCACCACACUAUGGUUCCCUAACGAACGAAAACUGACUGAGUCGGUGUUCGCCGACGAGCCUUCGAAGUCAGCGAGCCUUUUCAAAUACCUUUCUCGUAGCAUUAUGAUUCAGCUUCUCAAUUUUGCAGAGUGCGUCGCUAUGACAAAGCGCGCAGGAGAAAAGCUCUUCAAAUUGCUCGACAUGUAUGAAACCCUAAGGGACGUGAUUCCAAAUAUGGAGAAUCUUUUUCCCCUGGAAUGUGUAGCAGAACUCAAGUCUGAAUUAACAUUGGCUAAGUGUAGACUUGGCGAGUCUGCGGUGUUGAUAUUUUGCGAUCUCGAAAACUCAAUCAAGUCCGAAACCGGUAAAAUACCGGUUGCCGGUGGCGCCGUUCAUCCUUUAACGCGCUACAUCAUGAACUACCUGAGGUUAGCGUGUGAAUACAAAGACACUUUGGAAGAGGUCUUCAAGGAACACUCGAAGAUUGAGCGUGCAGACUCAACAAGUAGGCCUCACUAUGAAGGAGGUGAAAAUAAAAAUAACAACCAAAGAGAUAAAGAAAACAUGUCACCGUUUGCAGCGCAGUUACUGAGGGUUAUGGAGCUUCUUGACUCAAACCUUGAAGGGAAGGCGAAGUUGUACAAAGAGGUAGCACUAAGCUGCAUCUUCAUGAUGAAUAAUGGGAGGUACAUCGUUCAAAAGAUCAAAGGUUCUGCAGAGAUUUACCAAGUUAUGGGUGAAACGUGGUGUCGUAAAAGAUCCACAGAGUUGAGGACAUACCACAAGAACUAUAAGAUAGAAACGUGGGGUAAAAUUGUCAGUUGCCUUAGCCUUAAAGGGGUGAGCGAUAGUGGGAAGGUGCACAAGCCGGUGGUGAAGGAACGAUUCAAGACCUUUAAUGCGUUAUUUGAGGAGAUUCAUAAGACGCAGAGUACGUGGGUGGUGAGUGAUGAACAGCUUCAGUCAGAGCUAAGGGUUUCUAUUUCGGCACUUGUGAUUCCUGCGUAUAGGUCAUUCUUAGGGAGGUUUUCGCAAUACCUGGACCCAGGGAGACAAACAGAGAAGUAUAUCAAGUACCAAGCUGAGGAUAUAGAGAAUUAUAUUGAUGAGCUAUUUGAUGGGAACCCUCACCAUCAAGGCGCUGCUAGAAAGAAAGCAUGA